GGCAUGUCGUGGGACAAUUCGCCUUCCACGCCAACAUGACGCAACGCUGCCGCUACGUUGUCGGUCUGGCGGCGCUGGUCCAUCGAACCUAUAGCAUCGACAAUGACUACGACAACUUCCAGACGAAGUCUCACAUCGGUGUGUGGGUCGACGUGGACACGCCCAUGUCUGCUCGACAAGUGCGCACGUCCCGCGGUGAAACGUGGGACUUGGUCAUGAGCGACGAGUUUCAACUUGACGGCCGGUCGUUUCGACCAGGCGACGAUCACCUGUGGACAGCGCUCGACAUCCCCGACGGUGUGAACGCCGCGUUGGAAAUUUACAAUUCGUCCAACGUAUACACCAAGAACGGCAAACUCAUCAACAAAGCCGAAGAAGGGCCGACGGUGGUCACGUACUUCAACCAGUGGCUCGAAGAGCCUGGCUUUGAAACGCGCACGAUGCACUACAAGGCAGGGAUGAUGCAGUCAUGGAACAAGUUCUGCAUGCAAGGCGGGUUCAUCGAGGUCUCGGCCAAGCUGCCUGGGGCCGUCAAUAACAUCCCAGACGCCGAACACAAGAGCGUGACCAUGAACCCAAACGCCGUCGGCGAAUACACGGACCCAGCCACCAAGGUCAAGCGCGUGGUCACCCCGCAGGAUCGCAUUAUCGACGGCGGGUACUACCCGACCUGGCCGGGUAUUUGGCUUCUGGGGAACUUGGGGCGCGCGCUCUUUGCUGCCUCCACCACGCGCAUGUGGCCGUGGUCGUACGAUGCGUGCGACCCCGACCUGCUCGACCUGGCGCCCCACCAAGUGAUUUCUGCGUGCAACGCCACCCCUGGCUUUGGCUUGAACCCAAACCAAGGCCGCGGCGCCCCCGAGAUCGAUAUCCUCGAAGGUGGCGGGGCGGCCAUCUCGUCGUCGAUUCAACUCGCCCCGGGCAUGCCAGACAACUACCGCCGCAUACCAGUUGGACUGCCCGACGAAGAACCAUGGGGACUCAACAAGUAUUGCGUGUACGGCAAAGGUUGCAAAACCCCUGGGGCCAACAUCGCAGACAUCCCAACCUCUGCGUUUGCAUCGCGGGGGCACAAGAGCUGGUACCAAGGGCUUAAGUAUGCCGCCAACAACAGAUGCCGCCCGUUGGAUGAAGAAAAGCAAAACUACGACCAGGUGUACAACUUUGUCAAGAUUGGCAACCUCUACAAGAACGUGUUUGACAAGGAACAAAUGAGUGCCUCUCGGGACGCGCAUGCUGACUUGGGGCUAAUCGACGGCAAAGGGCCAGGCCACUGGGGCAUCAACAGCAACGGCACUUGCUUCCCCGUCUCGAACGGGUACAUUGGCGCGUAUUUAUGUGACCCCGAUGCGAAGAACCCGAAAUGCGAAGCCCCCCGUCGAGAUGGCGUGGCCGAUACCAACCAAAUGCCCAAGUUUGAGUACCAGAUGGACGCGAUUUCGGCGAAUUGGGACAUUGGCCACGAAGCAUACACGACAUUUUACAAGUAUCAAGUGGAAUGGGUUGUGGGCAACAAGACCACAAACGACGGGUACAUUCGGUGGAGUCUGGACGGGUCACCUCUGUUUGAAAUCCCCGCGACGGUGCUGACGUCGCCGCCGCAGCGCCCCGAGGGCUCGACUGCAUCGAAAAACCCCGUCAAGGUCAUGAUCGAAGAGCCCAUGUACAUCAUCUUCAACGUGGCGCUGGCCAAAGCGUGGGGGACGACCCCGCCCAAUAUUGACGUUGGGCCGUGCCGCGGCAACGCCACGCAUCCCCCCCACAACUCGUGGGACUACAACAAGUCCAACAACAUUUGCGACUCGUUCCCCAUGUAUAUGGAGAUUGACUACAUCCGAGUGUACCAGGACACGCGGUCGAUGCAUGUUGGAUGCGAUCCGCCAUCGCAUCCGACCAAGGAAUGGAUCGACGGCCACAUUGAAUGGUACACAAAUGCCAACAACCCCAUGAUCCGAGUAGCCGGCCGGGCGUCGUGCCACAGCGACGACGACUGUACUACCGACAACAUCGUCGUCCCGCCCACAGGACGGUGCCACAACCGCCGCUGCGAAUGCGUCCAGGGAUUUGGCGGGCCAAGAUGCACAAAGUUUAUCAACAUCGACACCGAGGCUUCGUACGGACCGUCGUCCGUGUACCCAAUCUUGCUCUUAGUCCUGAGUGGAGCUGCCGUCACGUACUCGCAAAUUCGCCGGCGGCGAUGGCUGCACCGAGUGACGACUAUCGCCGAGGCCAAUGCUGGUGGCGCGACGGCAUUGUCGCCUCCUCCAACAACGUCCAAGCCCCGACGAAGUGGCGGCGACGGCGACGAAGAUGAUGACGAUGUGAUGGCGUCCCCUGUCGUAGCCGGAAUUCGUAGAUACUAUGGCCCCGCGCACCAGUCUGCCACUGGAGGUCAAGCAUCGACAAUGGCCUAAUUAAUAGCAAGCUCGAAAGGGUAACGCUAGUGGUAGUUGUAGGUAUAAAUACAGUAAGUGCAUAGUUGACGUAGG